CCGCGUGGAGCAGAGCAGAGAGGGGUGUGGGAGGGUGGUGGGCUCCCAGCUUAGCUGGAGGAGUCCGCUGGUAAAGGGGAGGGGGCCAGCUGGGGAGACCCUCAUCCUCUGCAGGGUGGGGAGCCGGUUGUGGACGCCAGCUCACACCGAUGAGGUCUGGAGAACCCCAGCAGGCUCUGUCGGCCGUUUCCUAAAACGGGCCUCUCCGAGUUGCCCUUCCUCCCCGCCAUCUGUCCGGAGGUUGCUCUGUGCGGGCAAAGGACAGCGGUGCCUUCUGGGGUGCCAGCCGUGGUCACGGACGGGCACCGCAGUCCCGCAGCGGGCGCCUGACCUCUCCUGGGUUCUCGUGUGUGACCUUCGCUCAGAGCCUCCCUGUGGACGUGCCUGGCCGUGAACUUACCAUCGGAACCAUCUGCCCAGAUAGUGCCCACAGCCCGCACCUGCCGUCUCCCUUGACUGUACAGCAGCUGGCGCUGACCCUUCCCUGAAACUCCGGGAGUGAGAGGGGCUGGGGUAUGGGGGAUUUAGUUGUUGUGUCCUCCCCUCCCCGCCCUGGGAGCUGACCAGACUGGGGGUGGGGGGCAGGCGUCCAAUUCCCACCUCCAAGGUUGGAGGCUGCUGGCCUAGGUUGGGGCACUGGUCCCACCCCGGGAGCCCUCUUGAGUCCUUUGCCUGCCACCGCACCUCCCUCAUGUAGCUCUGCACCGUCAGAAUCCCGGGUCAGGAGUGCCCGGGGCGGUCGGCCCAGCCUGGCAUCUCGGCUUCCUGGGUACCGAUGAAGAAACUGAUGCCCAGAGAAGAUAACUGACCUCCUUCCUGCCCGCCAGCAAGCUCACAUGUGACUCUCUGCCCCAGGCUGGGUGCUCCAAGCCAUGGCGGACACCAUCUUCGGCAGCGGGAAUGAUCAGUGGGUUUGCCCCAAUGACCGGCAGCUGGCCCUGAGAGCCAAGCUGCAGACGGGCUGGUCCGUGCACACCUACCAGACGGAGAAGCAGCGGCGGAGCCAGAGCCUCACCCCGGCGGAGCUGGAGGCCAUCCUCCAGGUCAUCCAGAGGGCCGAGAGGCUCGACGUCAUGGAGCAGCAGAGAAUCGGGCGACUGGUGGAGCGGCUGGAGACCAUGAGGCGCAACGUGAUGGGGAACGGCCUCUCCCAGUGUCUGCUCUGUGGGGAGGUGCUGGGCUUCCUGGGCAGCUCAUCAGUGUUCUGCAAAGACUGCAGGAAGAAAGUCUGCACCAAAUGUGGGAUCGAGGCCUCCCCUGGCCAGAAGCGGCCCCUGUGGCUGUGUAAGAUCUGCAGCGAGCAGAGAGAGCACACGCUGACCCAGGGCCCCGGCGCAGGCCUAGAGCCCAUCCCACACCUGGGUACUCAUGGCCCAAUCGCCGCUGUGCUGGUUGUCCCCGACUUCGAUGGCGGAGAUCCCGAGCCGGCCUCCCACAUCACAUGGCCUGGGCGCGAGCAAAGAAGCCACAGGAGGCUGUGGCCAGAGCUGCUCCGCGAGGUCGUGGGAGGGCGCGGCGCUCUGGACAUCUCCCAGGGAGCUGGCGACUCUCUGUCCUGGACCGCGCUCUCUGCUUCUACAUGA